UUGAAUUUUGAGUUGACUAGUGGUAGCCAGCUGUAUAAAAGCAGCAUGCGAUCCACUAAGAGGGAGUCAACCUUCUGAAGUGAUCAAGGGGACGACAAUGAAGCUCUGCUUGGUCUUCACUUUGGUGUUCGCUGGUGCUGCACUGGGUGCCAUCGAGAAGAGGAUUCUUGGGAGUAAAAAAUGCAAAAAGGACAGGCAGUACCAUGUUGAGAUCAAGUCUGACCAAAAGAAGACUUUCUGCGGGGGCUCUCUGCUCAACACUCAAUGGAUCAUCACUGCUGCUCAUUGUGGAGAACAGCUUCUAAAGGUGACGGUUGGUGAAAAUUAUUCUAUUUUUAAAAAAAGGACCCAAACCAUCGAAACCAAACAACAGUUUGUUUUCAAAGAAGAGGACGGGCUUCCCCAUGACAUCCUGCUCAUAAAACUGAAUAAGCCAGCAUCCGCUAAACUUCCCACAGUGAGUCUUCCUCCUGAGGAGUGUACCAGACCAGAGCAGAGCCAGCAGGUUCAGGUUGGAGGCAAGGGAGCUGCAAAAACCUCAAAAGACAAGUCUGCCUGGUGGUUGAUGUGUGCCAACACAGAAAUGUCCACGUGUGGUGACAAUGAUAAGCCUGACAGCAAAUACCACAGUGAUGAAGCUACCACCAUGUGUGCCUUUAAAGCUGGUGUGGAGUCCUGCUAUGGUGAUGCAGGCUCAGCUGUGGAGUAUAAAGGCCUUCUGUAUGGGAUCAUUGUCAGCAACCCUACGGACAAGUGUGCAAACCCCAUUGUUAUGCUGGAUAUUUGCUUCUACAGGAAGUGGAUUGACAAGAUCAUGAAGGAAAAUAUUUGAUAAACUUCACAGGUUUAUUAUGAGAUCACAAAAAUAUACAUCUGUCUCAUAUCAUUUAAAUUUGAAUUAAAAAUACCCACUAUGUUAACUUUACUACAUAUUGAAUUCAUCCUCUUUGAAGAAAACAUAAAACAGGGAAAACUUUACCAAACCAAUCACAUGAAAGUGUCAUUUGGAAAGCUAUCUUUAAAAAUAUGACGGUGGGCUUUACUAACAUUCUUGUUUAUUGUGUGUAAACUCAAUUUCCGUUAUUAAAUGUGGUCUCUCAUAA